AUGACGCCUGCCCCGGCGCCAUCUGACCGCAGCCUCAUGAGGGACCCUCAGUUAGAAAUGCCUGAAUGGAACGUGAAGUUGGACAAUGCAGGUCCUGUCGGGCUUCUAUCUUCUUGCUCCAUCGUGUGCGGCUUCCAUUCCCGAGGUCACUCCCACUCCAGGAUCCAGGGUUGCUGCUGGAGCUCAGACAUCACACCUGCACCCCACUUUCUGGCUCCAGAUGCCCCGAAAGAACCGGUUGCCAUUUACGAGCUCCUCUUCAAGGAGGGGGUGAUGGUGGCCAAGAAGGACGUGCACAUGCCCAAGCACCCCGAGCUGGCGGACAAGAACGUGCCCAAUCUCCACGUCAUGAAGGCCAUGCAGUCUCUCAAGUCCCGGGGCUACGUGAAGGAACAGUUUGCCUGGAGACACUCCUACUGGUACCUCACCAACGAGGGCAUCCAGUACCUCCGCGAUUACCUGCACCUGCCCCCCGAGAUCGUGCCCGCCACCCUGCGCCGCAGCCGCCCUGAGACUGGCCGCCCAAAGAUCUGGACGGGGAGUGACCUGCGAUUCACAGGAGGGGAAGCUGACAGAGACACCCACAGAGGGAGAGUGAUGUGCCCCUCCCCCCACCCGCCGAGGAGAAUGCCGGCCGGGGCUGGGGCUGGGUCAACAACCAUGCCGCUCAGAGGCGGGUUUGGUCAUGGACGCGGUCAACCCCUCAAAUGGAGCCUCCGGGGGAAGGCCCUGGCUCUACUUUCUUUGAAGCAGUUUUAUUGA